CUCAAUUACCUUUUAUCUCCGAGUGCGACGAACAUCGUUUCGUUUUGGAAGUCAUUCUCAAUAUUCUGUUCAUGGAUAGCCUCACCGAAUAAAUACCUUUGAUCGGUGUUCUUGUACCCCUAAUAAGUGAAGAUGAGGUUUUCGGAACAUCUCUCUGCCCAUAUUACCCCGGAAUGGCAGAAACAAUACAUCCGUUAUGAGGAACUCAAGAACAUGCUGUACGAUGCUCAGAGAGCAGCCCCAGAAGCAGAUGUUUCUGGGGAGGCUCAGGUGGAUCGGCACUAUGUCCAAUUUGCAGAGAAAUUCUUCCAGUUCUGUGACAAGGAGCUCUCCAAAAUCAAUACUUUCUUCUCAGAGAAAGCAGCCGAGGCGUCCCGCAACUUUGCCCAGCUAUGCGACGAGCUACGCCAGGUGGACAGCAAGCCCAGUGCAAAGGACCUCAGAAAGAACUCCCUCCGGCGACGGAGCUCGUUCUUCAUCCCCGAACCCCUGGAUAGUGAAACCAGGGUCAUUAAAUCCCAUAAGCGUAAGAUAGCAGAUCUGAAGCUGGCUUUCACAGAGUUCUAUCUUAGCCUCAUCCUCCUGCAAAACUACCAGUCGCUCAACUUCACAGGUUUCCGCAAGAUCCUCAAGAAACAUGACAAGAUGCUGCAGACCAGGAGCGGGGAGGACUUCCACCUCAACCGGGUGCAGCAAUCGCCGUUCCACACCGCCAAACAAAUCAACAACAUCAUCUAUGAAACAGAGACAUUGUACAUCAAUGAACUUGAAGCAGGCAACAGACAAAGGGCUAUGAGCAAACUAAGAGUGCCGCCACUUGGAGCAAAGAGCAUCAAUUGGACGACUUUCCGAGUGGGUCUCUUCCUUGGUAUCUUUACUGUCCUUUGCUUUGUUGCUGCUGUAGCUGGCCUCCUCAUCGAGAGUAAAGUAGACAACAUGCCGGCAGUGAGGAUGUAUCGGGGGAUGUUCCUUAUCAUCCUCAUGAUCUUCUGUCUUGGUCUCAACACCUACGGCUGGAGGAAAGUUGGCGUCAACCACGUCCUCAUCUUCGAGCUGGACCCUCGCAAUAAUCUCUCACAUGAGCAGCUCCUUGAGGUUGCCCUUCUAUUCAUGGUGUUUUGGAUCAUAAGCAUCCUGGCAUACAUCUGUUGCGGCAUGACGAACAUCCCUCCGUACAUCAACCCCCUCAUCCUGGCAGGGUCGAUGCUACUCUUUCUUAUCAAUCCCACCAGGACGCUCAACUACCGGGCGCGAUUCUGGCUCCUUAGAAUUCUAGGUCACAUAGCAAUAGCUCCAUUCCACGCAGUAGGGUUCGCCGAUUUCUGGCUGGCUGAUCAGCUCAAUAGUCUAACGUGUGUGCUUUUAGACAUGGAGUUUCUUAUAUGUUACUACUCUUGCGAAGUCAGCUGGGUAAAAAAUGGUCAAUGUAAAUUAUCCUGUUUAUCCUCGUACUCCCACGCAAUACGGGCGGUAGUGGCGUGCCUCCCCGCGUGGUUCCGGUUCGCGCAAUGUUUACGGCGUUACCGUGACACCAAGAAAGCAUUCCCUCACCUCGUGAACGCGGGGAAAUAUUCGACCACAUUUUUCGUGGUCCUCUUCUCAGCAUUAGUCCACAUACGAAGAGAUCAAGACCUACAUGAGCAUUUCUACCAGGAUCCGUUGUACUGUUUAUGGAUCUUCAGUGCUUUCUGUAGCUCCUGCUACACCCUUACAUGGGAUAUCAAAAUGGAUUGGGGGCUCCUGGAGAAGAAAUCCUACAAUAAAUUACUCAGGGAUGAAAUCGUCUAUCCGGAAAAGGCAUAUUAUUUUGCAAUGGUGGAAGACUUGGUGCUACGCUUCAUUUGGUCAGUCAACAACACGGUAGGACAGAUGGACAUUGGCCGCGGUCGUAACGGACUCAUCAUUUCUACCAUCCUGUGUUUCUUAGAAGUUAUAAGGAGAUUUAUAUGGAACUUUUUCCGUUUGGAGAACGAACAUCUUAACAACUGUGGUCAGUUCAGAGCGGUUCGGGAUAUCUCGAUCAAACCUGCGAAGGAAGACGAGAAUAACCCCAUGAAGGUAGAGGAGAUGAUGGAUAAUGAAGAAUUUGUGCCUCUAUGCAAACACAAACCUCCAAACGAGGUUCGCAGAAGAUUAAGUGUUAGAGACAUCCCAAUGGUGAACAAUCACGCCUGUCUUUCAGUGCCACUCCUUUUAACCAGCCCCGAGCUCAUUCCAAAGCGACCCUCGGUCGUUCGUUUCCAGGUGGGUGACAACGAGAGCGGGACGUCCAAGACGAGCAUAGCCCAGGUCGGACUCUACGGAGAGGGCAGUCAAGAUGAUGAUGAUGAUGAUGAAAAUAGCAGUGAGAACUCAAAUGUUAGAGACAUGCUUGUAUGAUUUGCACUGCUGAAUCUGGGGUUUUAUGACCAGUUUAAGGUGUUAUGACAAUCUCCUGUCAAAAUAUCAAGUUACCAAUAUUAAUUUUUUUUAGUUGCAACACGAUGUACACGUAUGUCUUGAUUCCUUUUCAUGACAGCUUUUAAAUAAUCAGGCAGAAAAAAAGCAGCAGAAUGUUCAUUGAACAUGUUUUUAAUGGAUUUUGUGCAAUGUUUACUCUACGCAAUAGGUUAUUUGAGGAUGUUCCUCAGGACUGUUCAUGUUCACCUUAGCUGUUUAUGCACAUUGCUUGGAGUUUCUGGUAUUGUGUGUAGUAAAAACAUGACAAGCUGGCCCUGCUCAGCCAAGGUGCACACAAACAUUCAUGUCAUUAGGGUUGAGGAUUUGAAGACAACGUAUUCAAAUGUACAUCCUCUUUGGAAGAACCUCAGAUCAAAACCAACGACCUCUGUUGCAGGAUGGGAGUUAGGCUUCAAUAUUGCAAUCCCGUGUAGCAUCCAAAGAGUUGGGAUGACUCGGAAAUGGUGUGUAUCAUCCAGUCAUCAUACUUCAAGGAUGGUGUAACUUUCUCAUAGUCGUUGACAAGUGCGCAAGACAAUAAGUUAUAAAGAUUACAAAGUUUCAAAGAUUCCUUCAAAGUGGUCUUGAGCUACAGAUAUGUGUAGCUGUUUUUAUACUGAAAGUGCAUUUAUUACAUUAGUUCUAGUAGCCAGAGCUGAGUGGCACAUCUUAUGUUUAUGGUUUUUAUUCUUGUACAUCUGUAAAUAGAAUUUUCACCAUGGUGCUCAAACUAUAGAAUAAGAAAAAGAAACUUAUUGUUGUAUACCCGCAAUUUUGCAAUGAUCAGUGUCUGUGAUUGUGAAUGGGUAUUUAUAUUUUUAAUGUGUGAUUUUUCUGUAUUUUGUAAAGUUGUGUGUGAUAUCUCAAAGGCGAACUCUGUAGGCAGUUGUCUACAGAUCCCAUUGUAGUGUAUGUGCCUGUCCAUUCGAGAUGCAAUGAUUGAAGAAACAGAACUGGAAAAAAAAUAAAGAAAGAGG